UUUUGUGCUUUGAAACGGAGAAAGCCAAAGUUAAAGAGUGUCCCCUCGCCGCUUCGUUCAGCGCAGUUGAGUUCCUCUGCUGUUUAAAAGGCUCCUAGCAAUGCGUUUCCCAACACGGACAUGGAGCUCAGUUUACUGCGCCCUUGGCUCUCCUGUAUCCUCUACACUUUUCUGUCUCUUAUUCAAAUAGAACUACUGCGCGCACAAUUAUAGCUGAUACUCAUGCACAUUCUUGUCGGCAGCAUCAAACUUUAACAUCCAAUUCACUUGAGUUUUUUUGUUUUUUGUUUUUUUUGUACAAUCUGCCUUUUUCUGUUUUGGAUUAACUCCUUUUAAACAAAUAUUUCACAGUUGUGCGCGUGUGUCUGAUGAGUGCGUAAGCGCUUUUUAUUAUCCACUGCAGUUGUCGGCUGCAGUUUUUUUCUUUUUGGUGAUAAAUUACCCGAUGAAUAAAAAAAGUUAGAAAUGUAAUCCUGUGACACUUAUUAAUCCACUUUCUUCUUCUUCUUUUUUUUACAAGUUGUGUGUGUAGUUUGGGCAGCGUCGCCCAGAGUUAACAUAUGGCAUAAAAGGGGAGCACAGCUGGAGGUAACGUUUCCAUUGCGGUGAUGUCAGAGCAGCUGACUCCACAGCUUGCAGUGUAAUUAGCAAACAUAGCACCAGUUUACUCACUCUGCACCGCUCUUAUUUUUUCACGUUAGCCUCCUUCCCCCCCGAUGGACGAGUUGCUAGCAUUGCCGCGGUGCCGCUCGCUUGUUCUGUAAACACCGCUGUUUUUAAGUGUGCGAUCGGAAACGCGCCGGUGCGCCACUUUUAUUUCAUUUUUUUCCUCUCGCAAAUUUAGGAAGCUCGAGAAGUAGGCUGACUACUACCAACCGAAAAUCCUUCGGUUGAUCUGGAGAGCGGAUCCGUUUGCUCCGUGAUACAUGGGUUAUGAAGGAAGAAUGGAGUUCCCAGACCAUAGCCGCCAGUUGCUGCAGUGUCUGAGUCAGCAGCGUCACCAAGGUUUCCUCUGUGACUGCACUGUUCUUGUCGGGGAGGCUAAAUUCAAAGCGCACAGAGCCGUGCUGGCCUCCUGCAGCAUGUACUUCCAUCUCUUCUACAGGGACCAGCUGGACAAAAGGGACGUUGUGCAUCUCAACAGUGACAUUGUGACAGCCCCUGCUUUCAGCCUGCUCCUUGAAUUUAUGUAUGAGGGGAAGUUGGAUUUCAGCUCUCUGCCGGUGGAGGAUGUCCUGGCAGCAGCCAGUUACCUCCACAUGUAUGAUAUAGUGAAAGUGUGUAAAGGAAAGCUUAAAGAUAAGGAAGUCUCGUCUCUGGAUGAAAAGAUGAGCGAGGGUCUGGGGCUCAGCUGUCUGGACAGGGAAAAUUCCUCUGAAGGCAAGCUGCACAGUAAGCAGCUCAUCCGGCGACAGCCCCAGACACAGUCUCAGGGGCUUCACAGGGCCCCCCCGCCAGCUGAGUUUGACAUGGACAACAGCGAAGUCAGGCUGGCUGUCACAGAUUGUGAUAGGUCUGCGCGGAGCAGGCAGAAGGCAAACGGUCACUCUGGAAGGUCCCCGGACCUUGUAAGUGUCAAUUAUUUGUCAGCAGAGGCCGAGCCCUGCGUCCAAACAGCUGGAAAAACAAAAGCUGAUGUCAGUAGUUCCACCGUAUCGCUGUCCCAGAGGUCCCGGGCUUCGGAUGACAUGGACUGUGCGCUGGAUUUGUCUUUCAAGCCUCUGUCUAGCAGAGAUCCCUUACACCCCUCCUACGUCUCGGGACAGCUGGCCCUCGACAGCCAGCAGCAGGGCACUGAGCCACUUGUUAAAGACGAACACGACUUGCUGUCAGAGCAGGAGGACAGUGAGCCGAUGAGCCCUGAGAGCCAGCGCUUUGGGAAUAGUGCCAGGAGCUCAGUGGUGACAGGGUUCGCUGCCCUCUUCCCAGGCAACAACGGCUCCACAGCCGCCCUGCUCUCCCAGGAGGAGGACCUGAUGGACGAGGAGGGGGAGGCCUGCCGAGGGAGGGAGGGCGCCCUGGGCAGGGAGGUGGAGGAGAGGAGGGGUAGGCUGCUGGGGGACAGCGAGGAGGAGGAGGAGGACGACUUGGCCUCCUCAGACAUCUCCACCUCCAGCGGGGUGCUCCUGCCCCCGGGGCAACAGGUGUGCGUGUGCCCCCUCUGCAGUAAAGUCUUCCCCAGCCCCCAUGUGCUGCAACUGCACCUCAGCUCCCACUUUCGCGAGAAGGACGGCGCUCGCUCCAAGUUGUCCCCCGACGGCUCGGUCCCCACCUGCAUGCAGUGCAACAAGACCUUCUCCUGCAUGUACACCCUUAAGCGCCACGAGCGCACGCACUCUGGCGAGAAGCCAUAUACCUGUGGCCAGUGUGGCAAGAGCUUCCAGUACUCUCAUAACUUGAGUCGGCAUGCUGUAGUUCACACACGUGAGAAGCCUCACGCUUGUAAGUGGUGCGAGCGGCGCUUCACCCAGUCUGGGGACCUCUACCGCCACAUCAGGAAGUUUCACUGUGGCCUUGUCAAGACUCUCGCCAUUGGAUAAAACGCCUCUCACCAGUGCCAGGACAUAAGACCGAAUGUCUUUGCAUACACUGAAUACUACUACUGAACACUUUCCACAUUAGUACACACAUGUUGGGCAGUUUGUUGGAGACUCAUCUCUUUGGAUUCUACCCCACGUGGCAUUUUCUCAAGUCAAAGUUGUAGCUACGUUUAAAACUGGAGCUGUUCUCUGCGCUGGACUGUGUCACAGGCAGAAAGGUGAAGGUGGAUAAACAUGGGUGCUGUGAAACCCAAGCUGGAUCUGUGUCAACGAAGAUGAACAAGUCGGAUGAUGCACUUGUUUGUUUCUGUCUCGUUUGUGUCAAUCUGUCGAGUUUAUUUGAAGAGUCUAUUUGCUGAAAGAAAAAAAGCGUCCCGUGUUCAUAAUGGGUGAUAGCUAAUGCUAACAUAUGUUAAUACAAUCGUAAGAUGUGAGUGAGAUUUUUAUUUGUGCACAUGGGAGAUCAGAACCGUCCUUAAGUAGCAAUAUAUGAUUUUUUUUUUUUAACUCCUACAUUAUUAUUAUUUAUUUUUUGGUAUUUGUCUAGUCCUUAACAAGUAAACUAUCAUAAGGCAGCAAAACUAAUGAAGUUUGACUACUGGAAGUAUAACUAUUUUCUUUCAUGGAAGUAGAAUUUUUGUUUGGUUGAAAUGAAGUUGGGUUCAGAUUUAUGUUUAUAACAAGAGGCAAGCCGACCAUCAUAUCACCAUAUUUCUUUUUUGUGCCUGGGGUUGAGCUACCAGCUCUUUAGUUGUUAAUGUGAGUGAGCACAUAUCGAUGGAAUGGCCCUCUAAUUUGCUACUUAAAAAAUAAGUUCUAUAAUCAUAGGAGGGCUGGAGAGUAGUUAAAAGCUAAUGCCUGUAACACUGGUGCCUACUGAAAUUCUUAACGCUUCACCUAGUGUACUUACUUAAACAAGAAUGAGAUAUCACUAUGCCUUCUUGUAAAAAAAUAAAUAAAUAAAAAGAGGGAGUUUUCAGGCCUUUUAAAAGAAUCUGGAUUAAACUCCACAUACCAGGUGGUAACAAAGGUAAUUAUCGACUCUGGAAUUCACGAGUGUCCUUAAUUGAAUACUUUACAAGGAUACAAUUAAAGUACGUCCAUCAAUGUCUCAUCAAUUAAAUGUUUCUUUACUCGUUUGGGUUGAAAGCAAAUGGUUGGCAGUAAAUUACAUUGUUAUUUCCUGGUAUGGCGUAAAGGGUACACUGACUGACAUGGUGUUGAGGGCACACCCUCAGCAGGGAGGGGGAGAGAGAGAGAGAGACGGGUGGAUAUUGUUCAGUACCUGGUUGGUCAUCAAAGCUGUGCUCCACGUGCCACUCACUGACCUUUGAAUUAACCUCGUCACAUCAUCAUAUCUUCUUACCGUACGUGUGUAUAUGUUACUACUGAUGAAGCUGGAGCCUUUAGUGACGCUUGUCCUGGAAGGAAAUGGAUUUCGUCUGGCCGUGCACAUAUAGAUGCUAUCUGGAUUCUUAGCAGAGGGUGUAGCACUAAAAGUUCAUAAUACUUGUCUAAUCUGUCCUGAGAAGACUUGAUCCGAAUAUAUUUAUUAGUUUGACUUGGUUCAGGGUUUACUGUAGGUGUACUACUUUAUUUCUAUAAGCUUGAAAGACGUUGCGUCUUGCCUAGCGAUCUUGGUACUCAUUAACAGGUGUUGGGGCUGUCUGUUCAUUUUUUUCUCUGUGCAAAUCGAGUUACUGUAAUUGUAUUUUAAUAUGCCAUGUAGAAAUCUCUGCGGAGCGUUCAAGGUUUGUCACAUGGAGCAUAGAGAGGCACUUGUUUUUUUUUUUUUAGCAUGCAUAUAGUUUCAACACUAUUGUCUAGGCUGCUAUUUCUUACUAUAUGUAUAUUUAAUGUAAAUAUAUAUUCUAUUUAUCAAACUGUUUUGUUGUUACAACACAUGUAAGGCGGAGAGAGCCGGGUGUCUUAUUAAGGCUGCAGUCUCUUAAAGUGUCACGUCUUCCCCAAGGGAGUUUGGUUCCUUCUCCAUAGUCGAGACUUGAUUGGACUCACUACAAAUCAGAACAGUUAAUAGGUCUCAUGCUGCCGUUCUGCCACAGGAAACGGUUGUUCACAAGCACAGCCCCACCGGUUAGGGCAUUGGUUAGUGGCUACCUAUAGACAGGAGACAAUACAGGCAUUGUUUCCUCCCACACCACCAAAUCCCAGGUAGUUCUCAAGGGAUCAUUGUGUACGUCUCUGCUAGCUGUGGGGAGAAAAAGGCAACGCAAGCCUCUCUUUGCACUUUUCUGUCUUGAAUGGAGCCAUUGGAAUGUGAGAAAUGUAUUUAGCAAAGGGAGACCAAGGACACUGUAAACAGGUGUAUUGUUUGGAGGCAUCCAAGAACAGCCCCCCCCCUCCCAACAUGCAGUAGAUAAAUGCUUCAUUGUUCCUCGACAUGAAGGAGACACCACGGUUAUUUGAUUGCACAUCCAUCAAGAGAAUAUCAGAUUUAUCACAGUAUUGUUUUCCCAAGUACUAGAUCUAUAGAAAAACUGUUUGUGACUGUGACGAUGCAGGUGAAAUGUAGGUGUUGGCGCACCUGAAGCUGUUUCUCUUUUAGUUUGUUUUCCUUCAUGUUGAUCACCAAGACUUCUUUCAGGACACAGAAAUGAAUUCACACGUGAUUUCUCAGCAUUUUGCAAACGGUUUUGUCCGCAUUUCUGACGGAGGAGCUCAAGUCAAGUGCGAGUCAAAUCAUUUCCCUCAGAAUCACCGCAGUCUGUUUUCAUCCUGCUCCCUGACCUGAAGUCAGCGAUGGGUGCUUGAAUGAAUGAAUGAAUGAAUGAAUGAAUGAAUGAAUGAAUGAGGCUUGUGUGUAAUUUUACAAGAAAUGUGAUAUGGCUCCCUAUAAACUUGCGCAAACCUUCCUGCCGUUCACAUGCCCUGAGAGUUUCACUUUAGAACAAUUUCAGAUACAUAGCUGUUGCAUAGCGUUAAUAAUGUUGGUUUCAACCAGAACACACAGGAAUGUAGAUUUUUGUCUGUUUUUAAGGUACGUUUCUUAUGAUUGCUUGAUUCUCCAAUGUACGUGUGUACAGAGGUAGAAAAAACUAACUAUGUGACGAUUUUUUCUUUUUAUUGUUUGCAGUCUUUAUUUAUACCUCCAGAAUGAUCACCAAACGUGCCUUGUAGACACACGAAUAGGUGUUGCAUCUGGAGAAGCCCGUUUUCUAUACUGUACGUUUUUGCCCUCGACUGUGGCUGAAGUUCACAUCGCAGCGACAGUAGCCGACUGAAGUGAUUCACAACUGUUGUUCCUGUUUUCCCAUCAUGUCAAAAAAUCAGACGAAAUAAAGGUUUCAAGUCCAUUUAUUUUUUGCUGCUUUGCGAGAGAUUACAUUUGAGAUUACUUUGACCAUUUCUGUUUAUGUGAAUAUAUCCGUUUUCAUGGUGUUAAACUGAAGACAAGCAUUUAUUUUUUUGUGAUUUGGUUUUUAGUUGCCAACGCUACUGGGAGCUAACGGUCUGUUCCUUUAGUUAAUGUCACUGUUGAAUGUGAAACUGAGAUUUUGAUUGUUGGCUACUAUGGAAACAGCGCUACUCUUGAUUGAGGGCUAUGUUUGCCUAACUCAUGCUGUAUGAUCUUUAAGUCAAAAAAAAAAAAACGACUUUACUGGAAUUGUGUCCUCUGCAGGUUACAACUGUGAAAUUGUGUAUAAUCAUGAGAAAUAUUUAUUAUUGCAUUUGCUUCUUGUGCAACAUUUGACUGUCUCAGUUUUAAUUUGGUUUAAAAAAAAAAAAAAAAAAAAAAGCUUCUAAAUGUUGAACGAGAAAUCUUUUUAAUAGAAUUUGUAGAAGUGCCAUUAGAAUUUAAUAUAAUUUUUUUUAAUAAUAAAGGUCUAUUUUAUAGUAAUCAAUUGCUUCAGUGUUAGUGGUGUAGAGAUUAGAGGACAAUCUUUAUGCAGAAUUGACAUUGCUUAGAUAUUGAGGCAAUUUACUUUUGAUCUAUAACUGUGCAUUUUCUUUGUUUGUGCUUUUGGGGUGUGCUUGUGUGUGCGUGUGCUGUGGAAAUGUGACAAUCUUGAUUUAGGUCUUUCUUAAGAUUAUGUGUAGAAUUAAAUGGAACAACUUUC